AUGUCUGAGCGGAAAGAUCCUCUCGAUCUGGCCGAGACAGGCGAUCUCACCACAUUUUCAAAGCUUGAGGCUUCACUUGUUCAAACUGAGGUUGUACAGCGCCCGAACUCAAGGGCACAAAAUGAUGUCUAUCGCCAUGCUGAGAGCUCUGAUCUUUCUGUCAAUGAGCUGGACUUCAAUUACGACCUCGAUACGGGCCAUUAUCCUUUAGGCAAUCUCAGAUCACUUCAGCAGGUCUUUGAUGCUGUGCAAUGUCAUCGCGAAUUGGAGAAGGAAGAAAACUUUUCGCUUAAGACUCGUGUUGAGUGUUUGAAGGUCAAUUCACAGGGAGGAGAGUGGUCAAGUCUGGAUGAGGAUGGCAUGGACAACCUUCUACGGUCAUUUUCUGAGAAUUCCCUUCCGCUCCCGAUCGAUAAUUCUCGUGGUCGCAACAUGCUUGUUUUCCUUUUACCCUUGGUGCCUGUUGAGAAUACCUCUUACGGUUCCCGCAUCUUAAUGACUCUGGAAAAUGCCAACCAAUUCCUAAAGACUUUUGAUGUCAAUCCUUUGUUCUUGUUGAACAUGAUCGGUCGGCCUGAUUACUGGGCACCGCAGACUCAUUGGGAAGCCGAUGAUGAUGGCAGGUUGCUGGCUUGCGAUUUGUUUUGUCAACACCCUCGCUGGAACCUCCAUUUUCAAGGGGCUCCACUCUCAGUUUAUAUGCGCCACGAUAUUACUCGCGACUUGACAACAUACAUCAUAUCCCAUAAAGAAUUCGAUACCUCCGUUACCACACUGAAAUCUCUCCUGGGCAUAGCACUCAACACGGCAUCCGCGGCCCAGAAACCAGCUGUCUUCCUAGACGACCCAUUCGAUAUCCAUGUCAUUCUCUCAACACUAUCAUUUGAGUCCUCAAAAUUUCACGUCAAACGCUUUCAAAGGUUUAUGUGGGCCCAGAUCAACAAAGUAGACGACCAUCUCGGCGGCCUCGAGACCAGCGACCGAGCGAAACUAGGAGAUCUCACCAAACAACUCCAGAUCAUUUCCCAGAACGCUGAUUCUCAUAUCGGCAACGCCGAUGUGGCCAUCAUCACAGCCACGGCUAUCCAAAACGCACACUCCCGCCUCAUACCAUCACUACCGCGAUCCAGUCCCUUCAUCUACCAACGAGUAGAUGACUCAAUAUCCUAUGUCAUUGGUUCAAUGAAGAAGCAGAAAAUUUGGUUCUUAAACUACAAGCAGCGCAAGGACAGUACCAUGUCGCUGGUCUAUAACCUCGUGACCCAGCAGGAUGCUGCGAACAAUAUCCAGAUUGCUCAUAGUAUGAAGCAGGAUUCUACGUCUAUGAAUGCGAUAGCUGCUUUGACUAUGGUAUUCUUGCCGGGUACGUUUGCAGGUACAAUCGUCGGCGCGGGAGUCUUUGGGGGUGAGAUUACUGGAGCGAAGGUUUGGUGGGUUUGGGUGGGGAUCACGGUGCCUUUGACGGUAGUGGUUAUGAUUUGUUGGUUGCUCUACCAGAACGCAAAGAAACCUACGAUCAAUGCUAGCUGGGUUGGGAAGAAG